UUCCAGUCGAGAAGCCAUAAAAGUGUACACUGUGAUAUGAAUGACUGCACCCGAAACGUUUUUGUUUUUUUUUAGACAGAACAGUACCGGGCAGUGAAGUAUUGUAGUAGAAGUAAUAUUUCAAGAAGGUUUUGCGACAACUGGUCUCUCCCGCACAGGACUACUGGUUUGACGCGGAGGGAUAUUUUCUGACUGGAGCUCACGUUGGAAGUGGAGGAAAAAGGCGCUUUCUACAUCCGCGUCGUCCACUCUCGAAAUAAUCCGUGUUCUUACCGUCGGUGCUUGACUUGUCUUCUCGGCCUCUGUUUUUUAUUUAGAUGGCAAGCUUCCCAGACUCUAUAAGCGAAAAUGAUAUAGGUAAGGCUAAGUUCAUUGGUGAACUCCUGGUGCCUGUCGCUCCCUUUGACCAGAAGUCGGGGCGCGAGGCGUGGACAGUAGCCUUUGCGCCCAAUGGUUCUUACUUUGCGUGGUCUCAGGGUCAUCGUAUUGUCAGGCUUAUUCCCUGGACAAAAUGUCUGACAAAGUUUUCUAUGAGCCAGGUCGGAGAGGGCACCAAUGCUUUAAGCCCCCGACACUUUUCCCGUCAGAACAGUGAUGGAGGCCAGCAAAUACAGGCGGCGGGCGAUCCCCGAGAGCACACGAUUGACUGCGGUGACAUCGUCUGGGGUCUGGCCUUCGGCUCGUCUGUGCCUGAGAAGCAGAGCCGCUGCGUGAACAUCGAAUGGCAUCGCUUUAAAUUCGGCCAGGACCAGUUGCUGCUGGCAACCGGGCUCAACAACGGUCGCAUAAAGAUCUGGGACGUUUACACAGGAAAGCUGCUGCUGAAUCUGAUGGAUCAUUCCGACAUAGUCCGAGACUUGACCUUUGCUCCAGAUGGCAGCCUCAUGCUGGUCUCUGCAUCCAGAGACAAGACCCUCCGUGUGUGGGACCUCAAAGAUGAUGGUAACAUGGUGAAGGUUUUGCGGGGUCAUCCAAACUGGGUCUACUGCAGCGCCUUUUCUCCCGACUCGUCCAUCCUGUGUUCUGUGGGAACAGGCAAAGCGGUGUUCUUAUGGAACAUGGAUAAGUACACGUUGAUCAGAAAGCUGGAGGGGCACCACAAUGACGUGGUGUCCUGUGAGUUUUCACCAGAUGGGGCGCUUUUGGCCACCGCCUCCUAUGACACCCGGGUCAUUGUGUGGGACCACCACAAGGCCACCAUCCUCCUGGAGCUGGGUCACCUCUUUCCUCCUCCGUCACCGAUUUUUGCUGGGGGGUCGAAUGACCGUUGGGUGCGCUCGCUGAGCUUCUGCCCUGAUGGCCGCCACAUUGCCAGCAUUACUGACGACAGACUGGUGCGUUUCUGGAGUAUUGAAGAAAGAGCUCCUCAGGCCGUGGCCUCCCUGUCCAACGGCCUUUGCUGUGCCUUCUCUCCUGAAGGAAGUGUCCUUGCCGCUGGGACUCGGGACGGCGGCGUGCACUUCUGGGAGUGUCCUCGUAGCACUGCCUCGCUGCAGCACUUGUGCAGGAUGGCGCUCAGGCGGGUGAUGACAACGCAGCAGGUGGAGUCUUUGGCUAUCCCCACACCGCUUCGUGACUACUUGUCCUACAAAGUCAUCUGAUUCUUCUCCGCCGCUCCAACCCCGCAUCGCGAAAAGACGGAAAUAAACACUUAGUCUCUCUUUUGCUCUUUUUAUAAGCUCUAUGAAGCCCUUAAAUAAUAAUUUAAUUUGAAUCAUACUCUCCAAAUUCCCAGCACAGCGUCCCAGAUGUUAUUUUGUAUAUAUUUAUUUUUGUAAUUGCUUGUUAAACUGCAGUAUGCUCGAGUUAUCAUUGCGCUAUCAAUGCAAUCCUGAAGGUCAACUUCUUCCCCCUCUCAGUGUCUGCAUCCGUCACCACUUUUGUCCUUGAAGUAUUCAUCUCUUCACGCGCUUUCCGGGAUUAUUAUCAGUAAAUACACAAGCAGUCUUAAUCUUUUCCUCUGACUUGAAAUGGCUGUUGCACUUAAGUACAAAGAGCUUUUUUUUGCGGGAAUGUGUUUUCUUGUGACUGAGAUGAUGCGUGUGAGUUUUAUGUUUGGGAAUGUUUUGUGAAUAUUUAACACUGUCACUUUUUUUUUUUUUUUUUUUUUUAGCACUAGAACGUGGCAGACCCAUACUCUUUAUAUGGUAUCCACCAACCGGGUUCAUUCAAUUAGAGCAUAUCAAUCAACCCAAGCUGUUUUUGAAACGGUAAUGCUUUUGAUUUGCUCCGUGGCGUCUCUCACAUGAUCCAUAUCCGACAGAGGAAACGCUGCUUGGAAGUGUUGGCAAUUUGUGUACAAUUUGCUGCAAAUUCCACGUAAAUAUGAGUGUGUGCAGAAACGACUCUUGUGUUCCUCAUGCAAAGCAAAGACAUAUCGUCUUUUUAGUGUGAGCCAAUAUAAACAAUACCAAACAAUACAAUAGAACAAUAGAAAAAAAAACCUGGCACCGUAAUGUGAUGUGCUUAGCAAAUGUCUACAUGUAUAUUUCUUUUUAUUAUGUCAGUGUUUGAUGACCUCUCAUGAAAGCAAAGAGUCCGUGCUCAAGUGCUAAAUUGUACAUAACUUUUAUAGGCGGUUCCAUGAGGUAUGUAAUACAUAAUAACUUGAGCUUUUUUCCACCCAAUGUGUAAGUUUUUCAAUAUUUUUUUUUGUAUGGUUUUCUUUAUGAAGAAUGAUUAGCAAGCCGACAUUUAAUUUAAUGGGCAACGCGAUGCUGGUAAAUAGCAGCCGGGAGAAAUAUGCACAAUCCAAAGUACCGUUUUAAGAUGCUUUUGCGUUUGCUCUUGUUGGGUUUGUGUGCCAGCAGGAGGACGUGGAUCAGCUUUUGUGUUGUUUCAGUCGGCAGGUCACAUUCUUCUGAGCAAUAAGGUUGCGUCACCAAAACUUGUGCGAGUACUCGUGACCUUUGGAGCGACAAGUCUCAGAUUCAUGCAGUAUCUAUUGUUGGUUAUCACCUCUGAAUGUAAUUUCCUGCCGUUUUAGGAUACUUUUUUUUGUGUUUCAAUAAAGUUUUUUUUGAAGAUA